AUGGAUGAGAAAAAGGAUCUCGAGAAGGUAGCCAGUGUCAACGAGGAGCCUCUCAAGGGCGACAUCGAGGACAUUGGCCCUCGAGAGGAUCUCGACGAGGCGGGUAUCUUCCUCCGUGAACACAACUUUACCCAGUCCUACCUAGCGGAGCUACUCGAAGACAAGGCACUCAAUAAGAGAAUCGUGAGGAAGGUCGACCUUACUCUGAUGCCUCUUCUCUGCCUCACCUACUUCCUCCAAUUUAUUGACAAACAAGGGCUGUCCUACGCCGCUGUGUUCGAUUUGUUCGAGGACACGGGUAUCACGUCCUACCAGUACUCGUGGCUCGCCAGUAUCUUCUACUUCGCGUACCUCUUUGCAGAAUGGCCUUCCAGCUACCUGGCUCAGCACUUUCCAACCGCAAAGGUCAUCAGUGCCUUUGUGCUGACCUGGGGCUCCAUCAUGCUUCUCACGGCAGCCUGCUCAAACUUCACCGGUAUGGCUAUCUGCCGCUUCCUGCUUGGAUGCUUCGAGAGCGUCAUCACACCAGCAUUCAUGUUGAUCGUUUCACAAUGGUAUGUUAGACGCCAGCAGCCUGCCCGUGCCGGCCUCUUCUACUGUUUCAACGGUUUCGGCAACAUGAUAGGUGGCAUUCUCUUCUAUGCUGUCGGGUAUGAGAAGAACUUCCCCGUCUGGAAGGUCAUCUACCUUCUCUGUGGAGGUAUGACUGUGGUCUGGGGUGUUGUUCUCUGGUUCCACCUCCCCGACAACAUCAUGUCAGCGCGCAAGUUCACUCCGGAGGAGAAAGCCCUCCUCAUCGCCCGAUCCCAGACCAACCGUACCGGCGUCUACAACCGCAAGAUCAAAUGGGGCCAGAUCUUCGAGGCCUUGACCGACGUGCAAGUCUGGAUUCUCUUCCUCUUCACCCUCCUCAACGAAACCAUCAACGGCGGCAUCGCCAACUUCGGCAAGUUGAUCGUCAAGGGCGUUGCUGGCGGCGAUCCCUUGCUCGCCACCGCAUACGGCAUUCCGCAGGGUGCAUUCCAGGUCUUUUGGGUCUUCACCGGUCCGUUCAUCGCCAGUCGCUUCAAGAACAUUCGCACCGUUAUCAUGGCUGUGUACAUUCUGCCAACCAUUGCCGGCGCAAUCAUCAUGUGGAAGCUGCCGCGCUCCAACACCGUGGGUUGCCUGCUGGCAUACUACAUUGUCGGCGCAUACGUCGCGUCGCUGGUCCUUGCCCUGCAGCUGCCCGCUACUAAUGUAGGUGGGUACACCAAGCGCGUGACCGCCACAGCCUUCGUCUUCCUCGCUUACUGCAUCGGCAACAUCAUCGGUCCACACGCUUUCCUGGCACACGAAGCGCCCAUCUACCAGACAGGGUGCAAGGUCAUCUUGUCGUGCGCGGCAGGUCAGAUAGCGUUGGCACUAUGCUUGAGGAUGUUGUUGAUCUGGAGGAACAAGAAGCGAAACCAGGCGGCCGCCGCGGCCGGGAUUGAUCCAGGGGCUGUGGAGACCGAGGAGGAGGCGUUGGAGGAUUUGACUGAUAAGCAGAACCCGAAGUUCAGGUACUCGUACUGA